AGAAAACCAACCCAAAACACUUUGGAUUCCGACAAAGCAAACUCACCAGUCAUCUCUCUGCAGUUUUUCUUCGACUCCCUCAAUAUAUAACGCCUUCCCUUUCCCCCCCUUUCCCUUUCUCUAGCCCAAAGCAAAGCCAUCUCGCGCUUCGUCCUUCAUUCCAAUCCCAUCUCUCUUUUCCAAUUUUAGGGUUCUCCCUCAUUCCCAAAACCCCCAGUCUCCUCUCUCCUUCAUCUCUCACCUCUUCAAUGGCUGCCUGUGACCUCCCAAUCAUGUCAAUUGCUGGGCCUUCUCCAGCUUCUAAAGUUAUGGACGACAGUUAUGAAGAAUCCUGCAGCAUCUGCCUCGAGCCUUUCACUGUGCAAGACCCCGCCACUGUGACCAAUUGCAAGCAUGAGUACCAUCUGCAGUGCAUUCUCGAUUGGUGCCAGAGAAGCAAAGAAUGCCCAAUUUGUUGGCAGCUCCUUUCCCUGAAAGAACAAUCCAGUCAAGAGCUGUUAGCUGCUGUUGCGGCCGAGAGGCAUUCGAGGUUAACGAUCCGAUCUCGUCCUGCAUCCGCCACCAGACCUUAUCUCUUUGACAAUUUUGAUGUAGAACAGGACUCCUACUCAGAUGAUUCGGACUUUGACGAGCGUAUAGGGCAGCAUCUUGCUGCAGCUGUGUACAGAGCUCGCCAGUUCCAGAGGAGGGAGAAUAGGUCCCCACCUCGACUCGGUACUUCCAGGGUGUUCGUCUUUGAACCCCAUGCGGUUGAUUUCAGGAAUGAUCAGCAAAUUUCAUCUGGUGGCCUCAGUUUGAGUCCUGCCUCAUCUGGAAGUGCUUCACCAACUUCUCCCAUACCGUCACUUACCCACCUCAGGAACUCCGAGGACGCGAUUUCCUAUGAUCGCCCCAAUGGCCUGUUCAGGACUGGGAUUCUCUUCGGACAGUCACAAUCCGAAAGCCCCGACGAGCCAGGUUCUUCGAGGAUUGUGUCAUUGUCUGACUCCAUCAAAUCCAAAUGGGUUGCUGCUUCAUCCAAAUACAAGGAAUCGAUCACGAAGGGCACUCAAGGUAUAAAGGAAAAGUUGCUUGCACGUAACAACUCGGUUAAAGAACUGAGCAAAGGAGUCCAGCGAGAAAUGAGUGCCGGAAUUGCAGGCGUUGCAAGAAUGGUGGAAAGAUUAGAGCUUUCCUCCUCGAAACGCAGCAGCCCAGCUGGUUCCGGGGAAACCGGCUCAAGUUUCUGCUUCAAGGGGAAAAAUGUGGAGGACAAUUCUCUUGCUAGAGCUCUCCAGAAAGACGAGGCAAUGGAGGAGAUCAGCCUCGGUGGCCACCGCCCUUCCACACCUGUCCCUUGCCAUUCAAAAGUUUCUCAUCUCCAGGUGUGUAGGAACACUUGGAGCUAGUGAUCUUUCUUCCUCACCACACUUCCUUGGUAACCUGUUUCCCCGUUCCCUUCUUUCAGAUGGGUCAUUGAUUGUUGCAGUUGAGUGCAAUCCGCCAUUUUCAACAACCGUGUGCUUUCUUUCUGAAGAAGUGGAUGCUAGAGAAGAGCAAAUAUGCAAGUGACGGCUUUUCGAAGAUUGAAGAAAACCAAUUCCCUUGAUGGGUCUUUGCGUCCUGCAUUUUUUUGCCAUAACCGAUUAGCCUCUUGAGCGAGCAUUUACGAGCCUUCUACUGAUCUCCAAGACUCUCCCAUUACGGAGGAUCCGGUGAUAAGUUUCGAACUUUGGAACAACUUACCUGUAAACUAGCCUCCGAGGCUAAUCCUUAAUUUAAGUAUAUUAUAAUUCCGUGUUGGAUUCUGAGUAUUGAUCAAUGUUACAGGCUUUAUCUGCAGUUCUGAAAUUGAAAAUGAAGAGACAAAGAUUAUGUUGCUAUAUAUGUAUAAGAAAGGAGAAAAAACAAAGGGAAGCUUUCUUUUUCUGUUAUUUCCCAACUCUCCUAACUAUGAGUGUAAUGCCAUGCACUGCAAUAACCUGAAGUGAAAUAUGCCAAUU